CAUUAUGAAGUAUUGUGUGUAGAUGGGUGACACAAAACCUAAACCUACAAAACCUAAAUUUAAAAUUCAGGCUCCAACACAACAACAAAAUGUGAAAAAAAUUCAGGGGGUGUGAAUAGUUUCUGAAUGCACUGUAUACAUGAAAGGAUAUAGCACACUGCAUGUCUUAAGACAGAUGAAUACAUUUUUACGUCAUAAAAGUCAGCAAUCAAAUCCAAUUUUAUAUGGAGGCUUUCCUUCUAUUCUAUUCUUAGGCUACACAGAUACAUUGAGAAAAAGGGACAGAUUUGUUAAGCAUUUACAGCAGGUGCAAAGUCUGCACCUGCUUUUCUUUCAAAAAGGAAAUUAAUUCAGGACGAGAAAAGGGAUUGUAUCUCCCCUACAAUGGGACUGGAUAGGAGCCAGAUAGGUAAUUUUAAGCAGCUAAUGAUAUUGAAACAUGCGGCAGAAUACAAAUUGUGGCUGUCUGAAAAUGUUUUAAAAGAUAUAGCGACUUGUCUUACUGAGGUUUGAUUUUGCAUGAGAUCUGUUGUGGUGGUUGGAUGUCAUACCAGCGUAUACUUAGUCUUACUCAGACCAAAGCAUCAUUGUGGCUGUAUCUCUUUUUUUCAGGGGGAGUCAUGCCACAGAUGCACAGUGACUAUUCAACUCAUCCACAUCCAAGCUGAGGCUGUUCCCACUUUCAGGAGGCUUGGCCAGACUUGCCCUGGGACUGGCCUGUCUCUUCACCUGUAAUAACCCUCCUACCUCCUAACUCCUACUCUGGCAAGCGGUCUGGUCUGGAGCUCAAGCUCAGUGAGAAUAUCUUUCAGUAUUCUCUUCCAGUUGGAUUGAGCCAAACUAAAACCAAACUACUCAGAUUGCAGAUUGUAUAUGCUUCACUGUCCUCUUCCCACUAUUCUACAUUUUUGAUAUGACACAGACUUGCCCUUGGACACUUGGAAGUAGAUAUUGGGAAGAUCAGAGAGAUCGACCUCAGAGCUAUGCCUAUGAUCAUGAUCCUCAGUAACCAAAUACGACUCUGACAGGUCAGACUGUCAGAGUCGACUCCACACUCCAUCAAAGAUCUUUUGUGGUCUCCAACUGUAUUAUAACUUGUGGCUUAAUAACAUCAAGCACAAUCUCAAAAUGGAUUAUGAUUUCUAUGUUAAAUAGCAUUCCUCUGCAUACACAAUGUGUGUCUCGCUCAGUGUUUAAAACAAGAACAUAGCUUACUAUUUUUGAUUAAUCGUAAUUGCUCAUUAGAUUGAGACAUCAUCAGUCAAAUUAUAAUUUGACAUGACAGUCUUAAUGUGAUCCUUAUUUUCAUUAUUUUUAUUUCUCAGGAAAGUGCUCUGAUGUCCUUGUCUUCUCUCAGCAAACAUAACUGUCUGCAGUCUGUUUAUCAGUCUACUGUUACAGUACAGGGCAGCACAGUGUAUCAAUACUGUAUAGAGAACAGAUGGUUCCUAUAGCAGACAACAUGAACAUGACCCCAGAGCCUCCGACACAGAACUGCUCCAACUGCAGCCAGGCAUUUGUCCCAGAGCUCAAUGUGAUCAAGGCUGUGGCGCUGGGACUGAUACUUGGGACCUUCAUCAUAUUUGGGGUUUUUGGGAACAUCCUGGUUAUCUUGUCGGUGGUCUGUCAUCGACACCUACGCACAGUCACACACUACUUCAUUGUCAACUUAGCGGUGGCAGACCUCCUGCUGAGCUCCAUCGUGCUGCCCUUCUCUGCCACCUUUGAGAUCUUAGGGUACUGGGUGUUCGGACGGCCAUUCUGCAACGUGUGGGCAGCGGUGGACGUGCUGUGCUGCACAGCCUCCAUCAUGAGCCUGUGUGUGAUCUCAGUGGACCGCUACAUCGGGGUCAGCUACCCGCUGCGCUACCCAGCCAUCGUGACAGAGCGCAGGGCACUGCUAGCCCUGGUGGGCCUAUGGGCUCUGUCUAUCACAAUCUCCAUCGGCCCUCUGUUUGGCUGGAAGGAGCCGGCGCCUGAGGAUGAGUCUAUCUGUAAGAUCACAGAGGAGCCUGCCUAUGCCAUCUUCUCUGCUGUGGGCUCCUUCUACCUCCCGCUGGCCAUCAUACUGUCUAUGUACUGUAGGGUGUAUGUGGUGGCCCGCCAGGAGAGCCGGGGCCUGAGGGAGGGGCACAAAACAGACAAGUCAGACUCAGAGAGCAUCACGCUGAGGAUCCACCGCGGCAACAUGGCUGUGUCUGAGGACGAGGCCCUGCGCAGGCACACACACUUCGCCCUUCGCCUCCUCAAGUUCUCCCGAGAAAAGAAGGCCGCCAAGACCCUGGGCAUUGUGGUUGGCUGCUUCGUGCUCUGCUGGCUGCCUUUCUUCCUGGUUCUGCCCAUAGGUUCCAUAUUCCCGGCAUACAGACCUUCGGACACCGUUUUCAAGAUCACCUUCUGGCUGGGCUACUUCAACAGCUGCAUCAACCCUAUCAUCUACCCCUGUUCUAACCAGGAGUUUAAGAAGGCCUUCCAGAGUAUUCUGGGAGUGCGUUGUCUGAGAGCCCAGCCCAGAGCCACUCAUCACCUAGGUCCAGGCCUCAGUCAAGCCCAGGUCCAGGGUCAUUCUCUCACUCUGAGAGUAGAUGGCAGAGGUGACCCCUCCCGUCUUAGCCCCUCCUCCUCCAUAGCACUGUCCCGCACACCCUCCUCUAGGGAUGACAGAGAGUGGAAGAUAGAGACAGGACAGGCUAAGGUGGCCCAACUGUGCAGUAGGAGUCUGCUGAAGACCUGCUGCUGCAUCAGAGACGGGAGCCUCAACCAGGAGCCCAGCCAUCCCCAGCCCUCUCCACACGGGGCCCUGCCCACCAUUAAGAUCCACCAGCUGUCUUUAUGUGAAAAUGGAGAGGCCGUAUAACCAGAGAUAAUGAUGGAGUAAAUUAUUUUGAAUGUCUCUGGUAUGAAUACUGUAUCUCAUCUUCUCUUAAACAAAGCAUGGUCUACCCUCAAGGUCCAGUGCUAUUAAAGGAAACUAAAGUGAAUAGUGAAUACAUUUCUAAGCCCAGUGGAGUUUACAACGAUGGAACAUUAAUAAUAGCUGGUGGAGAUGGUCGAUGAAAUUCUCAAAUAUUUGGAAUACACUGACUGCAGAUACACAAUGGCAGUGUUUAAAUUGAUGACUGUUUGUUUUUACACACUAAACCAAGGUUUUACCUUGAGAUAUUGACACUCUUUAAAGGUCCAAUGCAGCAGUUAUUAUCUACAUAUCAACUCAUUUCUGGGUAACAAUUAAGUACCUUGCUGUGAUUGUUUUAAAUUAAAAUGAUCAA